ACACUCUCAUCCAUUUCCCACCACUACACCACCUAACUUUUCUACCCAAAAGCAAACAAAAAUCACUUCUACAGAGAGAAGUGCAAGAAAAAAAAAAUAACAAAAGUGCCUGAAAAAACCAAACUAAUGGGAGGUGGUCUUAUGGCAGCAAAACUAUGCGACUCUUGCAAGUCCGCAACCGCCACAAUCUUCUGCCGCGCUGAUACCGCGUACCUCUGCAUUUCUUGCGACGCCAAGAUACACGCAGCCAACAAGCUCGCAUCUCGCCACGCUCGCGUAUGGGUGUGCGAGGUAUGCGAGCAUGCUCCUGCAACAGUUACAUGUAAAGCAGACGCUGCACAUCUCUGCGCUACAUGCGACCGUGACAUCCACUCAGCUAACCCUCUUGCGCGCAGACAUGAACGUGUUCCUCUCACUCCUUUUUACUACCCUCUCUCUCCUCCGAACACCACCACCAACAACAACGAUGACUCCGACUCAUCGGCUACAGCAGCAGCAGCCGCAAAAUCAGCUGCAAUCAACAAGUUGUUUGGAGAUGAGUAUUACUCUGAUGCUGAUGAAGCUGAAGCAGCUUCAUGGCUUCUCCCGAAUCCUAAUAAAACUGAUGAACCCAAGUCGAUUGAUUACUUGUUCUCUAGCUCUGGAAAUGAUGGUGAUGAUAUUGAUCCGUAUUUGGAUUUAGAUUUUGGAGCCGAAGCGAAACCUGAUCCGGAUCUUAGUUCGGAUGGUGUGGUUCCGGAUCCGGAUCAGAAAGGGGUUCAUCAUCAUCAUCUAACAACACUGCAACAUCCAGCUGCUUCUAUGUUUUCUCUCUCUUCUUACCAUCACCACCACCACCACCACCAUGUUAGCAAUAAUAAUGGUCAUUUUGAUGGGUUUGAGAAUUCUUCUGCUGCUUGCAAACCUUUUGCUCUCUCCUCUUAUCAUACUCAGCCUUCUCUUAGUCACAGUGUGUCAUCAUCUUCGUUGGACUUUGGAGUAGUGCCUGAUGCAAGCAACAUUACAGAUGUGGCAUCAACUGGAUUUGACAAGCAACAACAAAUGAAGAUAAUUGGGAUGGAUAGAGAAGCUAGAGUAUUAAGGUACAGAGAGAAGAGGAAGAAUCGCAAGUUUGAAAAAACCAUCCGUUAUGCUUCUAGGAAGGCCUAUGCUGAAACUCGGCCUCGCAUCAAGGGCCGCUUUGCUAAGCGGACCGACGUCGAGGCCGAGGUUUCUGCGGCCUCUGUUGAUGGACUCUUUGCCCCUGACCCUGGUUAUGGUGUCGUUCCAACCUUUUAAGGUUUCUUCCACCUUAAAGGAAGCAAAAAAAAAAAAACUACCAAUGAUGUUUAUGGUAAUAGUUGAUGUAGUAUAUGUUGUGUUUUAUCAUUUGUGUACAGUUUAGUCUUUGAUCUUGUAGCAUAAAAAUAGUGCUACUUAAUUCCUCUCCUAUGUGUUUUAAGGAGUAAUUAUUGUAGUAGUUGUUGAACUUUUCAUUCAAGUGUAAGGAUGGUGAUGAUGAUGAUCAAAGUUUUGUGGGGAUUCUCUAAAGUAGUCUGAACUGGUAAUUACGUUGUACUAAUUAUUAUUAAGCCUCUUUUUUUAGGGGGCUUUUGUACUAUGUUUUGAUUAAACUAUAGGGACCUUUUUGCUUUUUUAUUUAUUUAUUGUGUUUUCUUUGUUUAA